AUGUCAAGCUCAAAAGAUCGGCGACUACAGAAUCGCCAGCGCAAACAGGUGGCCGAAUUGUUUUUGCUGCAAGGAAAAGAACAAAUCGAGGAGGCGAUUGACGUCGGCGUGGACGAGAAAGCUUUGCGAAUGAAGCUGAAAGAUGCCCGAAUGGAGAAACUCCCCGAUGCGCAAAUUUGUCUGACUCUCGGAAAACUUGGUGGCACCUACAUAUCACAUGAAGAAAUUGGUGAUCUCGUUCAAUUCACGGUGAUCGGACCGGCUGUGAAACGACCAAGAUGGUGCUAUUUUCGCCCGAAGCCGCGCAUUGUCACGCAAACGAUUUUGAUCAGAGUCGAGUCAACGUUGGAUUAUGUUGGCGCUUCUUACCCUUACUUGGAUAGCUUCUUUGAUAAGCAACACAUUUUGACGCACAAUGAGGUAUUCAAUCGCGAAGAUUUCUGGAACCGCCUGCUCAAUGUGCCCGUCAGCCUACAAGAACAGAUUAGGGAAAAGCUUUUGCAAUUUCGUUCCGCUGAUCCGGAAAUUGGAAGCGUUAGUUUGAAGUCGGAACUCUUGUUGUCAUCGGUGGAACUUGUUGAUUACGAUUACCCCUUGCCGAGCCAAGAAAUCAUUGCCACAAAAGAAAAAUAUGCUCCAAUAACAGCAUCUUCUCCGCUUUUCUCAGUUGAUUGUGAAAUGUGCAUAACUACAUCGGGAGGGCACGAAUUAACGAGAGUCUCAUUGGUCCAAGAAGACGGCGCUGUAGUUUUUGAUACGCUGGUCAAACCACCCAGGGAAAUCACGGAUUAUUUGACGAAGUUCAGCGGUAUCACCGAAGAGAUGAUGAAAGACGUGACAGUUACACUACAAGAUGUUCAGAAUGCAAUUCGUGCGGUGCUCCCAUCGGAUGCAAUCCUUAUCGGUCACUCACUUGAGUUCGAUCUGAAAGCACUAUCAAUGAGUCAUCCGUACAUCUUUGACAUUGGACGACGAUUUAAUGUUUCUGGCAGUCUAAAAGCGAGAACUUCUUUAAAGAAUCUCGUUGAUUUGUUUUUAGAAGAAAAUAUUCAGGAUGGUAAAGGACAUUGUUCGGUGGAGGACAGUUGGGCUGCUUUGAGAUUGGCAAAGUUGAAAAUUGAGAAGGGGCUAGUUUUUGGGAGUAGUGUCUACGGGUGGAAUUAUGAUGAGUACAUCAGAGAACUGCGCAAGAAACAGAACGAAUCAAAACAAAAAGAAGAUGAUGCUCAAGUGCUCAGCUCAAGCCCUCCACAAGGACCAAGCUUUCCAAAGAAGAUAAAACUUGAACAAAUGACAACACAUUGUGUUUGUGGUGCACGCGUAGGAUUAGACUGUAUACUUGAGGGAUGUCAAUGUCAAAUUUGCCCACCUGCAAAAUGUAUUCUAUGCUUAGCCAAAAAUCCUGUACCCGACUCGCUCGAGGCCAAUUUUGAUUGGAGCAAAGCCGUUCGCGUUGAUAAGGCAGCAACUUUUCGACCACUGCCCUAUUAUUUGGGAAAUUCGAAAGCAAAGAAUAAAGUGAUGUGGGGAGCGAGAACAUUGGAAAAAUCUGAAGUUCCGGAAAGCAAAUAUAUCGUCCAGCGAAAGCCAUCCGAUUUUAAGGAUCAACAAGACUAUAUCGAGGAAGUGUGUAUGGACAUGUUGGAUUUUGGACUUUGCCUUGUUGAUCUCAAAUAUGAAGACGAUGUGUCUCCUGAAGAUGGUGUUGAGAAAGAAGAGGGCGAACUCCCACAGAAUUCUAUCAUUUCUCAGUCGAUAGAUCAACAAAUUGAACAAUUGAUUCGCGCAGCAGCCAAGCAUUCACUGAUCAUCGUUGUGAUGAGCUGUCCAGAAAAGACAAUUUGUUAUCUUCGCGUAAAAACC